CUCAUCUCCCCUCCCCUCCGCAGCUUCGUCGAGGAUGAGGACGUCGUUCGCCUCCCUCUCCCUGACGACCCUCGCCGCGCUCCCUGCCGUCAUCGCGGACGUCACCGAGCUCUGGUGGAACAUCACCUACGUCCAAAACGCCAGCCCCGACGGGCUGUACCAGCGGCGCGUUAUUGGCGUCAAUGGCACGUUUCCGCCCCCGCCGAUUGAUGUGACGGUGAACGACACGCUCAUUGUGCACGCCACCAACUCGCUCGAUGUACCAACGACGCUCCACCACCACGGCAUGUUCUUCAACUCGACAAGUUGGAUGGACGGCGCUCGUGGCGUCUCGCAGUGCGGCGUCCCGCCCGGCGCGAGCUUCACAUACGUCGUUCCCAUCAACGAGAGCGACCAAUGGGGCACGUACUGGGUUCACUCUCACUCUGCUGGACAAUACGCGGACGGUCUCCGCUCACCCGUGGUGAUUCACCCGACAAAAGAGGUCCACUCCUACGAUGAGGAGUACACUGUCAUCCUCUCCGACUGGUAUCAUAAGGAACAUGAUGUUCUCCUCAAAGAAUUCAUCAGCGUCGCCAACCCCGGCGGAGCGGAACCCGUACCUGACUCGGCCCUUAUUUACUUCGCUCAAAACGGAACAUAUCUGGGCCCUAAGAGCGGAACGAGCCCCGACCCUGUUACGGCCUCCGUCGGUUACAAUGACAACGCGACUCUACCGUUCGAACCUGGAAAAACAUAUCGUCUGCGCGUUGUGAACGUAUCUGCAUUUGCAGCGUUCUUCUUCUGGAUCGACGGUCACGACAUGCGCAUCAUCGAAGUCGAUGGAACGGAUGUAGAAGAGUCCCCUAUCGACCUGCUCUCGCUUACCGUCGCCCAGCGCUACUCUGUCCUCGUCACCGCACGGAACGACACGUCGAGCAACUGGGCAAUCCACGGCGCUAUGGACACGGACAUGUUCGAUACCGUCCCUGCCGCGCUCAACCCCAAUGUAACGUCGUCGAUCACGUAUGAUUCGAGCGCUAGCACCAAAGAUCUUGGUGGUGUGGAUGCAUUCCACGACACCAACGACACGGCGCUUGUUCCCGUCGAGGUUCAGGCGCAGCUCCCGCCGGCGAACAAGAAGAUCGAGCUGGAGGUAAGCUUCGACACGAUGGACGACGGCACGAACCACGCUAUGUUCAACGGGAUCACAUGGAACGCCGGACUUGUCCCCACCGUUCUGUCGGCUGCCACCCUCGGCUCGAACGCUACCAUCGCCGAUGCGUACGGACCGUUGGCGUUUGUCGUCGAUCAUUUGGACGUGGUGGAUAUCGUGGUUAAGAACAGCGACGCUGGCAAGCAUCCUUUCCAUUUGCACGGUCAUAAAUACCAGAUCAUCGGGCGGGCGCAAGACUACACGAGCGACAACGUUACGUUGAACCCGCCUGUCGAAGAGGGCCAAGCGAACCCGAUCCGUCGUGACACGGUGCAGGUGCCCUCUAUGAACUCAGUCACGCUCCGACUCGUCGCGGACAACCCAGGAACAUGGUUGUUCCAUUGCCACAUCGAAUGGCAUCUCGAAGUCGGUCUCGCGAUGCAGCUCAUCGAAGCACCGCUGGAAAUGCAGAAGCAGAUCUCCUCCGGCCAAUACACCAUCCCAACCGAGCUCGCCGACCAGUGCGCUGCUAUGGGUCAGCUCACCUCGGGUAACGCCGCGGGGCACACCGACCCGACGGACCUGUCCGGGCUCACCCUCGGCCCGUACCCGCAGAACAACGGCUGGCACCCGAAGGGUAUCGGCGCGAUGUUCGCUUGCGUGUUCACCGCGACACUGGGCAUGGUGACCGUGGCGUGGUAUGCGAUUGGAAGUAUCAGCGACGAGGAGGUCGAGCGCGAGGUGCGCGCCGCGGUAGAGAAGAAGGAGGCGAGGGGACGGUUUGGCAGGUUUUUCCCGAAGAAGGCUUAGACUGACGAUCGUUGGUUGUAUUGCUCUUUGGAUUCUGGGAUCGUCGUGAUGAGUGUAUGAGUUUACGUCUCUACUUUGAUGUGAUAAUGGCUCUUCGUCUCGCGAUGUCUUCGACUUGAACCAUGAAGUUGUGAAUUAUGAAUGACUCGGACAAGAUAUGCACCGUCCCAUUGGACGCCAUUCAAUGAUUAUGAGCUCUACUUCUACGGAGUUCAUUGGAACAUUAGACGAUAAUCGUGCUUUCUAGACA